GAGAAAUCUUAUGAAACUUCUGGAUAAAUCUACAGGAUUCAAUGGAGUAAUAAAGUUUGACAAUGAUGAAGUCCCACCUCUAUAUCCUGAAGAAACCCAGAAUUGUUGGAGCCUAGUAGCGGUAACGUUAAUGACUAUUGCAAUUGCACUUCCUAACAUUUCAAAUAGCCAUGUCAAAGAAUUACUUGAUAGUAUGCGGGAAGGACUCCAAAUUGUAAGAAAUAUUGAAGAAACCCUCAAUGAAAAUGCUGACUUGGUAGGUGCGAGAAAGCAGCUAGACGUUUGUGGACAGACGUUGAGUUAUACAACAAGUGGCUACAUAUUGAUCUUCAAAAGAAGUUUAGCAAAAUCAACAAAGAAGAUUCUUCAAUGGUUGGGUGAUGAAGCAGUCAAAAAUGUGAUAGAGUUUAAGAGCUGCAAAAAAGGAAGUCUGAAUCGCUCUGUUCAUAACUUUAUUGCUUCCAGUUCCAUGUAUAGAAUUAGUCAAACCAUACUACUCCACUGCAGUAAGCAAGAAAAUUGGCCAAAUGAUGCGGAACUUUUUGAGUGGAUAUCAACAAUAAUUGCAGAUAUAUUAUGUGCUUGCUUUACCAACUUACCAUGGGUCAUAAAAAUGAAGUGUCAUCACGAUGCAAUAGAGAAAAGGAGGGACAGUAUCCAGAUUGCUGCUCAGCUUCUUGGUAAAUCCAAAAAGAUUCUAGAGAUCCUCGAAGAUCGCCAACUUCCAAAUUUAGAUUUAGACUCGAUGGCCUAUAUCAAUAAGUGGCGUGCUUUGCCAAAUAGUCAGACACUUAGCCGUUGUACUUCUUCAACCAAAGUCCAACUUACUUCUUCGAGUGAAUUGCUCAUGGUAACUGUCGUGUAAUAUGUAUGGAUGUAUUUUUGUUGUCUAUCGUGGAUGUUGUUUUCUUUAGGUUGUCUAGCU